UUCUAAUCAAACAACACCAGAAGAUCACCGAUAGCCAUGACGACAGUAUGGUGAUAACAGUUGCAAGUUUUCCGGUAGAAGAUUUUCGGGAUAAGUUUCUAUGAUCUCUCACGUUGCGUUCGAUAUGUCAUCUUUCCAACUGUGAACGUUUUUUUACUGUUAUUGUUUACAUUAUAAGUGUCAGUUGAAAAGUGCCGGUGCCAAAAUGGUGUUUGUCAAGUUGGUGGUGUUGUUAACACUGACUAGAUUAGGGGUGUUGUGUACUGAUGAUACGGAGGAAAUUACUGAAGUGACGGAAGUGAGGGAUGGGAAAGAAUUCAGACUUGAGACAUGGCGAGCUGUAGAAAACGAUAGAUUGGACAUGUCCGGAUGGAUACCACAGGGUGCACCAUCAGAACAUCAGCAAUUACCAAUACUCAAAAGAAGAAGGCUACGUAAAAGAAAACGAAGACCAGCCCAAACCAAGUUCAACGACCAAAACUCCGGUAACAUGCAAGACAGACUCCUAUACUUGCCUACAAGACGUCAGCGUCCCUUCAAAUUCGGCCAACACGACGAAGUAUGGGACGACAUGCAACAGGAAAGUCCCAAGCAGGCUGUGAACCGCAGAAGAGUCGUUCCAGAAUACCCAUCCGGCAACAAUGUCGGAUUAGAAUCAGAACCGGAGAUAGUUACGCAGAAACAGGCAGAAUCUAAUCCAUUGAGUGCUGUGAUCCGUUUCGGGGAUGCAGUUGAAGAAACCACCAAGUCUAGGUCUACGGAGAGAAUCAGGGAUCCGUUCGAUGCCCUCAAAGAAGCCGAGGAGAAGCAGAAAACUCCAGAAGAGAUCAAACAAACUGCCGCACCGUCCAAUCUCAAAUCGCUGCUGAAGAAAACUGGUGGCACUAUAAGUCUCAGCGAGAUUCUCCAGCAGAAAAAUCUAUCCCUUUCCGAACUACUGACAGGAAACAUUGAAGCUAUUUCAGCUCUGACAACUCCUCCGGAGAGUACUCAGCCCACUGAAGUGAUGCAAGCUAAUGAACCAACCAGGUAUCAAAGAAUACCACCUUCAGAAAGGAAAAAGAUAUCGGAUAGGGUUUCCGAGCAACCUUACGAUUCUGCUGAAUUCGAAGAGAAACAGCUCAUAGAAGCUCAAAGAAAAAGGUUAGCUUUACUGCAAGCUCAUAAAGCCAAUAAGAUAUAUCUUGGAAUAACACACGCCUACGAGAUUGUUACAGAGCCUAUUACAGAAAGGAGAAUAUUUGUACCGUCACAUCCUAAACAUUAUUCGACUUCCAGUUAUAAGCCUAUAUUAUUCCAAAAUGGACAAAAAUCAACGACGGUAAAAACAAGGACUUUCACAAAUGAUAUUGAUGAAAAUAAGAUUUCCGAAUCCACAAAUACAAUCAGUCCAUACAAAUUUCCCCAAAAGAGAUUGCCCAUAACUAGUGCUAAAUUACUUGCAAGAACAACAAAGAAAGCCCCAGUGGAAAAAAACAAGGUGUACACCAUACCACCUGAAGCAAUACGAAUAACCAUCGAUGAAAUUCUGAAAAAAGAAGAAAAACCAUUAGAAUCAACCAAUGAUGAGCCUCUGCAAAUUUCAUUGAACUUUGACAUUCCGACUAAAGACAUUGAAGACUCUUCACAAAGCUCAAAAGAAAGCAUUGACACUGAAACUUCAAAUGAAAAAUUGGAUAUCUUAGGUGCAGGUGACGAAAUAAUGGAGAUGUUGGAAGACCCAGUAUAUAAAGACAAAUUAUCUAGGAUAUUACGUGAAAGGAAUAUGACUUUGCAAGAGUUGGUAGAUCAAAGAGAAAGAGGUUCCAGCCAACUCCAUUUGGCAGACAUAUUCCACAAUAAAACAAGAGAACCUGAACCUGUUGACGAACCCUUCGUUGGACUGAUUAUUGAAGAAAAACGCUCUAAUAAUUCUAGAGAACAAAAAAGUAUGAAAUUUGACGAAAUAUCAACAAUAGAAAAUGUAAUUCUUGACAUGAAAGACAACAAACUGAGUAGCGAAGAAGAAAUUACAACAUCACAACCAACAACUGAAAAGAAACCACCCCGUAUUAGUGAAUUUGGUAAAAAUAACACUUUCAAUUACGCAGCUAUCAUGCCUUUUUGGAAGCAAUUCCAUCCAGAUGUAUUCAACCGCUUUUAUAAGGAAGAAGCCGAAUCAUUAAAUGAUGUUGAUAGAAUUGAGGAAAUUAAUAAUAGAUUAUCAGAUUCUAUUACCAACAAAUUUAAUGUUGAGUUACCUCAGAAGAAUUAUCAUCUGGAUGAAGAAUCUAUUUUUGAUAUACCUUCUGGUAUUAAAUCUGCACUUGUUGCUAGUUUUGCUAUAGUUGGACUGAGUUUAUUUAUGUUUUUAACAAUCCUACUGAUAUUCAAAUGGACACAAAGAAAAAAGAACAAACUGAACUACACAAGCAGUUUAUCUGGUUCCAAAAUUAAAUCGCCCAUUUUGGAAAUGCCUCGCAGAAGUGCACUCAGGACUUUUGUUUGUGAAACACUUGGCAGAAGAACCAAGUUUUACAAAUCAAAUCUACAAAGCAUGUCGGAUAUAUGGGACAACAAAAAAGAAAAAUUUUGAGAUAAAACUGACUGGAGUAACUUUCCUUCAGCAUUCCAUUUCAUUUUUGUUCAAAAUUUUUUUGGACACUAUCUAAUGAAAUUGAGAGAAAUCUAAGGCUGCUUAGUAUUUAUCUAUAGCCAAUCAAUAAACAAUAACAGCUGGUUGCAGCAGCAAAUUUCAAGAGAGCUCUAUAGUAAAACAGAAAUCCAACUGACAUAUAAUUUUGUCAUAAACAAGUUUCUUCAAUAUAAAUUUGGAUAGAGACAAUUAUUAUAUACUGCACAUACAUCAAAAUUGAUAUUAUGAAUCAGACCAAAAUUAUUUGUAAGACUUAUGUAUAGAUUUUCCUGUGCCAAUCAAAAUCGUUUUACCUGAUAUCAGCUUGUUUUUGAAAGUCAAAUAAUCAUUAUAUUUUAUCUGUAUUGUGUCGUCAAUGUUCUAUCAUAUGUAAUUGUAACAACUUUUCGAUUGUGGAGUUCUAUUUCUCCAAAAUGAUAUUUCUAGAAUCUAGAUGGAUCUGAGUCAGUGCAACAUGUACUUCUAAUUGAAAAUGUAUGGAUUGAUUGAAUCAUUUUGCUACAAUUCCAAUGAUUUGAUUCUACACAGGAUCAUGUAGCUAUGCCAUAACAUACUAUAUUAAUAAUACAAAUUAAAAUUGUAUGUGUUCAUAAAAAGUAGUAUCGAUCAACACAAAAAGUACUUGAGAAUUUGCAUUUUAAAUUAUUUAUUGGGGUUCUGAAUGGUUUAGUUGUAAAUUAAAUUCCUACAACCAGUAUUAGAGAAAAAUCAAAAUAUUGUUGUAUACUUUGUGCAAUAUUUCACCUGUAAAUAAGAAUUUUACAUAAGACGAUACUUUAGUGUUGUCAGUUUACGCUUUUGAUAAUUAUUUGAGUAUAAACUGAGACAUUAAGUUAUAUAUGUUUUGUGGAAUAUUUUCAUCUUAAUGUAACAUAAUGUUAUUUAUUGUUAUUUGUUUUGUUGAAAUGAAUAAAUAUUUAAUGAAAAAUGUA